AAAAAAUAAGGUGUGCCCCUCCGGCGGACACAAUUUCGCCCUGUCCUGUGCCAACCGUAUGGAAGCCAUCUUGAAAAUAUACGACGCCUGCGUCAUAUCUUUGUUUACGUCAAAUGCUUGCACAAUUAAAUUUCAACAAUGCCGAAUUGUUGUAUUAAAACGUGUAAAAAUUGGAGUGGAAAUACGAAAAACAAACACAUUUCGUUUCAUGUAUUUCCAAAAAAAAAUGAAUUACGAAAAAAGUGGAUCGACACCUGUGGGUGCGAGAAGAUCAACAUUGCAAACGCUCGUGUUUGCUCAAUUCAUUUCGAGGAAAGUUGUUUCGACAUAAGGUCGGAAUUUUUACACGAAAAUUAUGCUUUAUCAACUAGAAGGAGGUUACGUGGAGAUGCAUUCCCUACUAAAUUUUUAUCGGAAUCGACUGAGAUCAAUAAACGUAGAACAGCUGAUGUGCAGAAUGUUUCCAGUGUCUGGAAGGAUUCAGCAAAAAAAAGAAGAGUGUCCCUGGAAUUUGUCACAAUCAACAAAGAGAAUUAUGCCUCUACGUCAACAUCUCAUGCUAGCUCAACUGCCAAUAACAACAAAAACAAUAAUAAUAAUAACAAUAACAAAAAUAAUAGUACAUUGGAAGAAACUUGUUCAUCUCCAAGCACUUCGACAAGGAGUACAAAUUUUUUGGAAAGUGAUGAGACCCAUGAAAUUUCAGCUGAACCUACAUAUGUAACAUCAGAAUAUGCACAACAUGCAUCACAGAAAGGUAUCAGAUCUGUUGGAGUGCGAACUUCGGGCUGUAAAAACAGUAAAUGUAAACAUCUGAAAAGCUAUCAAAGUUGCAUCGAAGAGAAUAUUAAGCUACAAGAAGAAAUAAGAAAAUUAAAUCGCCAACUCUGUAACCAGUCAAAAGGUAUUGAAGAACAAGUGAGAGAGAAAAUUUAUCAAUUGCUCGAUCCAAUCUUCACUCCUGGGCAGAUCAAAAGACUUUUGCGUCCAAAUCAAACAAAAGUAAUGUGGUCACUUGAAGAUAUAGCGUCGGCUAUCGAAUUUCGUUCCGUCAGUUCGAAAGCAUACAAGUAUUUGCUGAAGAAAAAUUUUCCUCUACCUGGGUUGUCAACAUUGAGGAAAUGGGCAGCUAAAGGUGAUCUGAAUGAAGAAGUACUUAACGUUCAUGAAGAAAUAAGUACAUGAUCUUUCUAG